AUGGCCUACACGCUUUAUAUCGGCAACAAGCGAUACUCGUCCUGGUCCAUGCGGCCGUGGGUGCUCCUCAAGGCGCUCGACAUCCCCUUUGACGAGAAGCUGCAGCUCUUCAAGCCGGGACAGCGCCAGCCCGACUUCCUCGAGUUCUCGCCCACCGGCAAGGUCCCCUGUCUGUACGACGCCGAGCGCAAGCACGUCGCCGUCUGGGACUCGCUCGCCAUCUGCGAGUACCUCGCCGAGAAGCACCCGGCCGCGUGGCCCCGCGACCCCGUGGCCCGGGCCUUUGCCCGGUCCGCCGCUUCCGAGAUGCACUCGAGCUUCGCCGCCAUUCGCGACGAGUGCUCCAUGAACGUCGGCUUGCGCAUCGAGCUCGGCGAGCCAAGCGACGGGCUGAAGCGCGAUCUGGAGAGACUCACCGCCCUGUUCGGCGAGGGCAUCCAGAGGUUUGGCGGUCCGUUCUUGGCCGGCAGCAGCUUCACGGUUGCCGACGCGUUUUAUGCGCCCAUUGCCUCGAGGGUGAAGACGUUUGGGAUCCGGCUUGACGGCGCGGCGGGGGAGUACCUGGACCGGCUGUAUGAGCAUCCUGCUGUGCAGGCGUGGAUUCAAGAGGGCAUUGCCGAGGCGGAGAGGGAGCCGGGCCAUGAAGAGGACUGUGUGAGGGGCCGUAGGAUUUUGCAAGAUUUGUGCAAAUAA